CACUCUCCUCUUCAUUAUGGUUAGUAAUUGUAGCGGUGUAAUAAAGGUUUCUUCCAUAUUCCAUUCUGCUACGCCUAUUAGCAGUGGUAGUUGUCGGAGGAGGAUAUCAUCUCCAUUCUCCAUCUUCUUCUUAUUUUUGUGCUUCUUUUUUGACCGAAACUGACAGGCACAGGCCUCGCUUAAACUCUUUGAUAGACAAAACUCAAUUUAUUACUACCACUGCUACUUCCAUCAGCAGCUUCAUUCUCAGUGCCAUCUCCACUCCCAAUUCUAUCCUCGCCCAAAAUACCCAACUUGACGAUAAUUUUAAAGAUGGCACUGAUGCUCUGAAUCACGAAACCACCCGCCCAAAUGACCAGCUUGACAUUUCCAACUUGUGUUUGCCUCAGCGACUUAUCCAAACUCUUCACACUCAAGGAAUUACUAUUCUUUUCACCAUUCAAGUCAGUACUUCCCUCCUUUUCCCCUUCAUCUCUUUAUUUGCAAUACUGGAUAGUAUUUUCUUAUGGAGUAUCCUCUUAUUGUUUUUCUAGAUUGUAUUGCUUUUGUUUUUCCCUUGAAUGAUUUAGAGAGCUGUUUUAGUCCCAGCACUAGAAGGUCGAGAUAUCAUUGCUCGUGUAAAGAAUCGGACUGGAAAGGCAUUAGCUUUUGGCAUUCCCAUCAUCAAACGCCUCACUGAACAAACAAGUUCACAGAUACUCAUAAUGCCACAUAUCAUGUCUCCCUUUAUAAUUCUUUGAAUUCAUGACCUCAAUGUCUUUCUUUUCUAAUUAACUUUACAGGCCAAAUGGUAGGCUUCCUAGAGUUUUGGUCCUAACACCGACUCGGGUGUUAGCGAAGCAAGUAGAGAAAGAAAUGAAAAGGUCUGCACCUUAUUUGAAUACUGUCUGUGCCUAUGGAGGGGUUUCGUAUAUCAUCCAGCAAAAUGCUCUUUCUCGCGGGGUUGACAUUGUAGUUGGAACUCCAGGUCGAACCAUUGAACUAUUGAAAGGUAACAGCCUCAAAUUGGGAGAGGUUGAGUAUUUGGUCCUUGAUGAAGCUGAUCAAAUGCUUUCAUUUGGAUUUGAGGAGGAUGUGGAAAUUAUUUUCGGAAAUCUACCAUCAAAGCACCAGAGCAUGUUUUUCUCUGCAACUUUGACUUCCUGGGUUAAGAAAUUGGCAAGGAAAUAUUUGGACAGUCUUUUGCAGAUUGAUCUGGUUAUUCACUGAGCUUCCCGAUGAUCCAGAAACUUUUGUGCAUCGAUGUGGUCGUACUGGUUGUGCAGGGAAGGAAGGUACUGUUAUUUUAAUGUUUACCAGCAAUCAAAGGAGUGCAAUCAGAACCUGGAGCGUGUUGCGGGGUGCAAAUUUGAGUUUGUUAAUCCACCAGCUAUUGAAGAGGUUUUGGAGUCAUCAGCUGAGCAAAUGGUUGCUACUUUAGACGGAGUUCAGCCUGAGUCCUCACAGUUUUUCGCCCCAUCUGCCCAGAAAUUGAUCGAAGAACAACGAAGAAGUGCUCUUCCUACUAGACUAGGACAUUUGAGCAAAAAUUAAAGGAACCUCAUGCAGAAGUAUCUGCUUUAGGUCGGCAUAUAAGCAUGUCUGCUCAGGAAGCACGGAGAGUAAUUGAUCAGAUUCGUGGAAGAUCUUACGAAGAAACACUCAUGAUACUGGAGCUGAUGCCUAAUCGAGCAUGUUAUCCCGUUCUUGAAUUGGUUUAUUCUGCAGCAGCAAAGCCAAUUUAGUUAUUAGAAAAGAUGGUGAAUGAAGGUGGUACUGUGUAAAGGGCGACGUCAUGUCAUGUAAUCAGAAGACUGAAUUGUUAUAAUGGAGGAUAUGAAUAUAUGCAAUAUUAUUUAAUAGAGUAAGUAUUCCACUUGGUGCUAAGGUCCAAGACGAUCCGUUUCUCUGGUUUGCACAAGGAACGAUGUUAUUUUAAUUUUUAA